AUGCCAGAUCCACGCCGUCCAGAUCGUACCAAUAAUGCCCGAGUCUUCACGGCAGCCGACCUUUUCCAGCAGAUCGCUCGGUCGGAGGCUCAGAGACGCCAGGCAGACAGCAAUCAAGAAGUGGCGCCGCCCUACACCUUUCGCCCUACUGCUGGAGAAGCUACGAUUGGCUUUAACUGCGAUACCUUGGCGGAACCCCCCAGUUACUCGCAUUGCAUGUCAACAAGCCGUAUCCAUACUGACCAGGAACUGAGGAGUGAAGAGGCAGUAGGUGAUUACCGCGCUAGAUCUAACGAGCUUGCAGCUCCAGCAGCGCGUUCGGUCCCUACUGAAAGUGCCAGUGCCACGACAGAGGCACAAGGACAAGCUCGCUCAUCCGGCAUACCUCCCCCUCCAUACGCGGCCCCGGCCACAGAUACUCGGGCUAGUAGGACGGCCACCUAA